ACAAACAACAACAAAAUUGGAUUUCGCUGUCGGGCAGGGGGAUUCCGUACCGACGACCGUCGAUUGUCGACAACCAUAAUAAUUUUCAUUUUCCAGUUUAUUGUUAUUGUUGAGUUCUUCUCCUUAGAACAAUAAUUCUUUCCGUUUUCAUAGUUUUAUUUUGUAUGUUUCUCGAAGAGAAGAAGAAAACGAGAAAAAUCAAUGACGGCACAAAAAGUAGUGUGAACUCGGUUCAAAUCGGAAUUAAUGGAAUACUCCCCUUGCCCUCCUUUGCCUUCCUCCUCCUCCUCCAUCAGCUAAGGGUUGAUUUUUCUUCUUUUUUUUGAUAGUUUUUGUAUUCUGAUGGAUUUUUCUCAAAAGAGCAAAACCAAAAGUGGAUACCUUUUCGAUAUACUAUGCGAUGGAGCGGUUUGGAGGGGUUAGUUUUGUUCGGGGCGUUGUAAAGUGAUUAUGACACACAAUACGAGUACAUAAACUAUAAUGCGGAACCGGUCACAGUCGCAGGCUCACAGGACCAGGAAACUGCUGCAUAAUUUCCGUUUUUGGCCGGUCUUCUUCUUAAGUUUCAUGAUAAUGAUGAUGAUGGUGAUGGGAAUCCAGAACUAGAACCAAAACUAAGGACACAUAUAGCUAGAAACAGUGCCAGGCCAGGCCAGCACAUAAAUAAGCACAAAAGCUAGAACAGAGAAGGAUACUCGGUGUGAUGUUUGUGUUCGUUAGUUUUGUGGGUCAAUUACGUGAAUCGAAUUGAUUUGUGGUGUUUUAACGUGUGUGUGCUUGUGAAAUAUUUAUGUAAAUAUAAUUCUACUUAAUCUCGUCAUAAUUUUAAUUUGGAAAACAAAAAUCAAACGAAUCGAAAAGGAGGAAAUCAGAAAAGAAAAUAUAGUAUUUGUUGGAUAGUUUAACUUUGAAUAAAAAUAAAAGAGUUCUUCUAACAAAUAAAACAAAAUUUAAACUUUAUCACUAAGGAUUAAAUAAUUUACACCGUAGAAAAAAAAAAUAAAUAAUUAAAAACAUAUUUUGCUCAUAAAUUAAUUUUCGAAAUAAGAAUAAAAAAUGCAAAAUACAAUUCAAUUAAUUUGUUUAUCCUAAGUGGAUUAUAAUAAUAUACAAAGUAAAUACAUAAUAAUAAUGAUCAAUUAUAAUGAAUGAGUGAUUUUGUGUGCGUGUUUUAAAUAUAAUCUCGUUACUUUUAUCCAUUUAUAAUCGAAAUUAUGCUAUCGACAUCCUACUUUUAAUGUAAAUCAAUAUAGGAUAUGUUUUAAUCGAAUUAUUCCACUAAAAAAAUCAAAAAUAAAAACAAAAUAAUCGAAUCUCAAACUAAAGCAACAACAAACAAAAACAAAACGCGUUAAAAAAGUGUUCAUAUAUAUUAUAAUUUCAAUUUAGAAACAGAAUUUAAAAUAAGUUAAAAAAAAAAAACAUAAUUAGUAAAAUAAUCGAAAUAAUCAUCUAUUAAUAAAUAAAAUUAAAUACAAACAUAAUAAUUAUAUUUAAAUACAUUUUAAACGUUGUGUAUAAAUGGACGCUUACGAAACACCGUAACCGAAUGCGAAUACAUAUGCAAAAUAAAUGGGUACAAUGAGGCCAAAUAAAUACGAUGUUACCACAGCUUACGGUCUAUGCCAAGAUUAUUUACCUCCUGAUGGUGGUGAUUUCGGGUGCAUUAUGUACAGCACAAGAUUAUGUAAUAAUGUCACAGUGUGCACACAACAAAGCCAUAUACCUAGCUCCAGAAGGAAAAGUUUCUGUCACAGACAUUCCAAUGACACAAAAUAUAACGAUAGCCGGCACAACAGACUUUUGGUCCACGCAAGUGUUCAAAAUAACGCUGUACGCAAAAAAGACACAAAUGUAUCUUUGUUUCAACAGCAAUUGGAAACUUGUUGGAAUGAGAAAACUACAAGAAACCUGCUACUUCAACGAGUCCAUUGUUCACGGUUAUUUCGAAUAUCGAUCGGCUGUCGAUCCAAACCGCCGCGUCGGUUUCACACACCGAGGUAAAGCAAUUGGACCAAAAAAGAAUGUCACAGAUGCCUGUUAUUUCUUUACGAAAAUUGAAGCCGAUCGAUUUUUUCAUCAAUAUCCAAAUGGCUUCAACCCACAUCACCAUCACCACACAUUACCAUCAUCAUCCACAUCAUCUUCUUCUUCUUCAUCAUCAGCAUUUUCUUCCUCUUAUAAGAGACUGCCUAAGUCUGGUAAGUCUGCAUCAGGUAAACUAACAUCAACACCAACAUCACCAUCCUCUUCAUCAGCUUCAGCAUCAGCAUCAUUAUCAUCACCGUCAAAAGCUAGUAGCCUAGUGGGUGGAGGAAGUUUAGCAUCAUCAGUGUCAGUUAGCUCAUCAGAAGGACGUGGACAGUCAUCAUUGCCACGCGGCAGGAAUCGCGUGGUAACUGGAAGCGGAGAAGGAGCUGCCCGGAACCGUGGCAGUGCCACCGUCACUCGAAAACCAAACGGCCAUAAUAGCAACCUAAGUAAUAGCAGUACCAGUAAUAGUCGUAGAGGAAAUAAUAAUUUAAGUAGCACUAAUAUAAAUCAUAGAAAUCAUCAUAACCACAACAACAGCCACAACAACAAUGUACAGCAACAGCCAGCCACACAGUUACACAACAUACAUCAGCAUCCACAAUCGGCACAGCACCAUCAAGUACGUCAUCAUCAUAACGAUCCUAAUUUCAUUGCUCGGCGUCAGCAAUAUCAGCGCGACCACAAAAUCCAACGAUUACGCAAUCAUCAGCAACAGCAAUCAACGAAUAGCAUGCAACGAAUGACGUCCGAUGGUGACGUGUCAUUGCCAUUACCAAUGUCUUCACCGAUGUCACCGGUGCUAUCGUCAGUAUCCUCGCUGUCACUAUCGAUGGCUGGUUCAUCGCCAGUCGGUGCUUUUGUGUUGCCGCCACCAACAUUAGCUAGUGACGAUGUUGCUGUUUCGGUAUCAGCUUCAGCAAUGCCAAGUCGUCGCAAGGUGAGACGAAAAAAAAUUAACAGCAAGCACCGUCAAGCGCAGCAAGUGACAAAUGCAAAAGACCCAAAACAUAGACGUGCCUCGAAACAGAAACAACAGAAAUCGUUGAGCAUGAGCAGUUCAUCGACAACGCCAACAGCCAGUUCCAGUACAGAAGAUAAUCUGCUGUCAUCUGAUUCAUCUUCUUCAUUGUCAUCGGCGUCACCUCAAAUGGUUGAGGAAUUGGUGUCGCCAUCGAUGUCAUCUGCCGGCGGCAAUGUACCAUCAUCAUCGACAGUCCUAGCAUCUACAACUUAUACCUCAUACUCAUCGCCAUCGUCCGAUGAACCAGUUUCAUCAAGUGAAACUUCACCAACGUCACUUUCCGAUGAAUUGCUGUUAUCAUCAUCAACAUCCAUUAAUCCGUCUCCCUCAACCCUUUCCGAAUCGUUUCCAUCAUCAACCUCCGUUUAUCCACGGUCUACCAGCAUUUCACUAGAUGAGCCAUCAUCAUUGUCAUUCGAUGAACUAUUGCCAACACCACAAUUGGGCGAUGAACUGAUGGCGAUGAUGAUGGAGCCCAUUGGCAAUGACAGAACUGGUGGCACUUCUUCUACCUCGACCGAUGAUUACAGCAGUAGUAGUAGUAGUAGCAGUUUUAGUACUGAUUCCAGUGGCAGCAGCAGCACUACCAGUGACGCAACUAGUGAAAGUAGUAGCAGUAGUACAAUCGAUAGCGCGGACCUAAGUAGCUACCGCAACCACAACGAUCAAUACUCGAAUGACGAGGCAAGUUCAAUGCCUGUCUUGCCAAACAAUUUGGAUAAUAGUAUGACUGAAUACCUAUAUAGUACUAGUAGUAGUAAUAGGCAUAGAAAUAUAAACAAUAGUAAUUUUAAAAAGUAUUACCACAAUGGCAACAUGGGCAUUGAGAAACUUAGUCGCAGUAGUAAAAAGUUACCCACAAUUUUUAACAAUAUCAACAUCAGUAAUAAUAACAACCCUGGUAACGUAACCAGUGCUGGCUCCUCCGUCGGCUUCAGCGGCAGCAGUGUUACAUCUACAAUUUUGGAAACAACAGCAGCAACAAAAAAAUCAACAACAACAACAAAUCAUAGAAAUAAUUAUAAUAUUAGUAGUUAUUUAAAUAUAAACAAUAAUAGUAGUAGAAAUAGUGGUAGUAGGAAAACAAAUAACAAACAAAAUGUUGAUAGAUUCUCAUCUACAACUGAACAAACAACAACAACAACAACAAAACCAACUUUAACGACUAUUAGCAACAAUUUUGAUGAAAAUGUUACUCUAAGUACUAACAAUAAUAAUCAACAUAGCAGUUACUAUAGCACUAGCAGCACCAAAAUCAAUAAAAAUUUACACAAUAGCAAUUUGUUGGAUAGUGAAACAAAAAAGUAUUAUAAUAAAAAAUCUUCUACAACAACUACAUUUUCUACUACUACUCAUUCUUCUCCUCCUACUUCUCCUCUUCAACAAUUUCAACAAUUCCAACAACAACAACAACAAUUAUUUUCAACUAGCGCAUCAAACGCAGCCGCAACAGAAUCAACAUCAACAACACCAACAGAAACAACUACCGCAACAACAAGAACAUCAAGAUUACCAUAUAGUAAAACAUCAUUAAUGGCAACACCGCCAUUUCCUGUGACAGCUAAGAAGACCGCCAUUACAAUGGGCAACAACAACAAUUCCAAUUCGAAUCGAAGCAAUGUCAAUAAUUUUUUCGCUGGUGAAAUUGUUGAAGGAACAUACGAUGCUAUGGCCGAUGAUGAUACUAUUUCCGGUGGAAUUGGAACGGGAAAACUCGUUGCAGUGGGUUAUCUGCCAACUUCAGCAUCAUUGUCAUCAUUGCCAGAAUCGAUUAGAAUAGCAAAAAUCAAAAUUAAUCGAGAACGUCGAAAUCGAUUGAGAAGAAAACUGCACAUAGGAUCUUAAAUUAUUAUAUGUUAAUUUUGUUUGUUUCUUUUUUAAAUUAUAUUGUAACAAAUGCGCAUACUUACAUACAAAACAAACAAUUAAAAUGAAAAAGUAAAAAAAUAUAGGUGAAUAAAAAAAUUAAUAAAAAAAUAGCAAAUAUUUGUGAGGGAGAAAAAUACGAAAUGUAAAAAAUACAUAAGUUUUUAUUCAUUGCAAUGUGAUUGGGAUAUGAUGGUAUAGUAUAGCGAUGGAUGACAGGCAGGUUUGACAUUUAAUUUUUAAUUUUUUAAGUAAUGAAUCUCAAUUUAUGUUUUUGUUCACGGUUUUACAUUUUGUUUUGUUCUUUAUUUUGCAAAAAUUUGUUUCCUUUUCUGAAGUUUUUGUUUUUAAAUCAAUAACUCGAGAUCUUAGUGUCAAAAUUAUGAAGUUUGACUUUGUCAAUAUGAAAGUUCUUCAUCGGGAUUAAAAUUAUCUGUUAACAUUACAUUUUUAUAAAACAAAAAAAUUAAUGUCUUAUUCUAAUAAAAAUAACUCGCAAAACUGACGGAUGAAUAUCCAAAUGUCAAAAAUUACAAAGCGGAAACAGUUUCCUUCAAAAGUAAUAGAACGGUCGUCGCGAUUUGUUGUUAUUUAUUUUGCAAAAAUUUGUUUUCUCGAGAUUCAAUUGUGAAAAUGAUGACUUUACACUUUUUUCGACAUCAAAAUUCUUCAUCGGAAUUAAAAUUAUCUGCUAGCAUUACAUUUUUAUAAAACAAAAAAAAUAAAAGUCUCAUUCUAAUAAAAAACAAACUGACAGAUGAAUAUCCAAAUGUCAAAAAUUACAAGGCGGAAACAGUUUCCUUCAAAAAUAAUAGAAUGGUCGUCGAGAUUUGUUGUUAUUUAUUUUGCAAACAUUUGUUUUCUCGAGAUCCAAUUGUCAAAAUGAUGACUUUACACUUUUUUCGACAUCAAAAUUCUCCAUCGGAAUUAAAAUUAUCUUUUAACAUUACAUUUUUAAAAAACAAAAAAAUAAGAGUCUCAUUCUAAUAAAAUAACUUAAAAAAACUAAAAAAAAGAUGAAUAUCCAAAUGUCAAAAAUUAGAGGUCGUCGAGAUAUAUUUUCUAAAACAUCGAAUUUAUAGCAAAACCUUGACGUUCCAUUACGGCAAUAAAGAACUAGAAUAAUUAAAAAUUUCGAAUUUUAAGCUAGAAUCAGAGCUACAUUAAUGUGUGUGCGUUCAUCCAAUCCAUAAACAACCAACUCUGAUCAGUCAAAAUGUCAGAUAUCCCUUUGUUGCAUUUGACAUUUAAUUAUCAUAUUCAGCAGAUUAUUCUGUAGUUUGAACGCCUGCAUCUUUUAAGACUAUAAGUAAAAUGACAGUAUCAGCUAAAUUUAUUGUCCCGCUAAAAGCUUUUUCUUUAGCUUUUGGUAUAGUUCUGAUUGGAAAUAAAAGGUUUUGCAAAAGCUGUCAGAUUUCAAGGGUAUACAUAAUAAUGGGCUGGUUAAAGCAACAUGAAAGCAAAUGCGUUCUUUGAACGUAAAUUAAUGUAAAUUCAAGUGUCAAAAUGUUUAAACGCGGAACUUGCAAAACUGAUAAAAACACAACUGUCUAAAAAAACAUACCUCAGGCAAACUAAUAUUGUAUCUCGACCUGUAUUUUGUACUUUUAAAAAAUGAUUAUUCCUUUGCCAAUUUGACAAGGAACCCUUUUGCAUAAAACAUUGAAUCAAAUUUCGCAUAUAAUAAAUAAAUCACAGAGUUAUAUAGUUCAGAUGUCAUUUUGACAUAAGUGGAAUUGAUUUGAAAGGAACAUUUUUCUUGACUAACUUUCCAGUCAACUUUCCACUAAAGUUGCCUUAGUUGGAAAGCAAUUUUUUGGCAGCUGGCCAAUCAGACCUACUAGAAACUUGCCUUACUUUUAAAUCCUUUGUGUCGUCUGAACCUCCCCAAUUAUUGUUGACGUUUAUUUCGUGGAAUUGACAUUUUCCGCCAUUUGUAAAAAUUAUAGAAUAAAAAUUUUAAACGGGAUUUAAAUAUUUUAAGUGACUUUAAAAUUUUAUUCAUAUUGCUAAAGAAGUGUUGUAAAAAUCCUGGAAAUAUCUAAAGUUAGAAACUGAUGAAAAUGCUUGUCAAUUUUAGCCUUGUUUUUGUCGUUUUCGUUUAUUUCUGUUUUAUUAUAUAAAUAUCUGCCCGAAUCUAUCUUUCCGUUAUUUAAAACAUUUAAUGAUAAAAAAAUAUAAAAUAAAUAUACUACAAAACUAUCUAUAUUUUAAAAUAUUGCUCCCCCGCCUGCAGCCUAAAUAGACAAAAGCCAUUAAUGACAAUAACAAAGACGUGUUAUGUAGUGUACUAGAAAUUAACAAAAAUUAAAUGAAUAAAACAAAAUAAUUCCAAAUUGUUUAAAAAUAAAAAAACAUGAUUAGAAAAAAAGAGAAAAUACUUAGAUACUUUAUUUCAAACAACUGUAACAUAUAAGCCAUUAAUUCAAAAUAAUUUUUAAAAUUAAAAAAUAAAAAAUUUAAACAAAACUACCAAAAAUAAAUUUUAAAAAAAUCCAUUACUAUGUAGGUAUGUGUAUUCUAAUUGAAAAUAUAUUUAACAAAACAGAAAUAUUUUUACCUGUCAGUAUAUUGCAAAAAAGAAAAACAAUUUAUAUUUAACGAAUUUCGAAAAAUAGCUGAUUUAAAAAAAAAAUUAAAUAAUUAAAAACAAAAAACAGUCAAAUUGAAACUAAUAAUCGUUUGUAAUGUUUAACAAAAAAAAAGCUAUUAGCGAUAAAAAGAGAAUAAAACCAAAAUAUAAUACAUUGCGUCAAAAGAGUGUAAAAGAAAAAUUAAGAAUAAAACCUUAUAACGUUCUACAUACAGAAUUCAUAUAAUAAUUAUUAUUUUAGAAAAUCCAACGAACAUUUUGGGAUUCAAUAAAUUAAUCAAAAACAAAAUAAAAAACAAAAACAAAAAAACAACACGCGUUCAAAAAGAAAAACCAAAUACAAAAAUUUAAUAAGAAUUUUCUAUUCAACUGUUUCUCGAAUAUUUAUUAAAACUAAAUAAACAAAGGUAUUUAUAUAUAGAAAAAAAAAUAAAUUUAAAAAACAA